GUAAUAUGUCUGAAGAAUAGUCAAGCCCAAUAUAGUCUCUGCAAGCGAACCGUAAAAGACGAUCAGUAUAGUCUCUAGAAAGAAGUUUCAGCUUCUCUGUUGAAGAUUUCUACAAGACGCGUUAGCAAUCUCAUUUCAUCUCAUCCUUUGGAAUCCAAUGGCACCUCUUUACAGAGGAGUAUCGAGGAAAGAUAAACCUAGAGGACGUCAUCAUGGUUUAAGUCAGCAGAAGAAACAAGAAAUUAAGGAAGCAUUCGAGUUAUUCGAUACUGAUGGCUCAGGAACUAUCGAUGCUAAAGAGCUGAAUGUUGCCAUGAGGGCACUCGGUUUCGAAAUGACAGAAGAGCAAAUUAAUCAAAUGAUUGCAGAUGUAGACAAGGAUGGCAGUGGUGCAAUUGACUAUGAUGAAUUUGAGCAUAUGAUGACGGCCAAGAUUGGAGAAAGAGACACUAAGGAGGAGCUCACAAAAGCAUUCCACAUCAUUGACCAGGAUAACAAUGGAAGCAUAUCUGUUGAUGACAUAAAGAGAAUAGCAAAGGAGCUGGGCGAGAACUUCACUGACAGAGAGAUACAAGAGAUGGUUGGGGAAGCUGACCGAGAUGGUGAUGGAGAAGUGGGCUUUGACGAUUUUAUGAGGAUGAUGAAGAGGACAACAUAUGGAUACUAGAAUGAGCUUCUGCACUAUUUUAAUGGGAUCUUUGGUUGAGGGCAUGCAGUAGCUAUAGUAUAUUUGUAGAAAUAAAAAUAUUCAAAAGAAAAAAGGAAAAAAGAUUUGCGUGUAGUUUUUCUAUAUUGGACGUAUGUUGAUGUUGUAGCUUCUCUAUAUGUUGACUGUUUUGAGUAAUUUAAAUAGCGUUUCAUUUUCUGUUUAUUA